AUGGCAGAUGAUUCGAAUGAAGGUCUAGAGGUGGCUACAAAUGUGGGUUUAAGAUUAGCUAGAAAGUUUAAGAUAGCUAGAAUUGAGUCAUCAUCGAGCUCUUCAGAGUCCCUGUCAAUGGAAGACGUGAGCUCAGGGGAUGGGGAGAUACUGGAUUGGGACGAGCAGUGUCAACAUUUCUUUGGAUCAAGCUCCAGCACCUACUGUAGAACUCAACAGAUAUCACAAGGCGGAGAGCAGAAUUUAUGUGGCGGAAUGUUUUGUAAACUUCCUGGAAGUUCGACAUGUCAAGCGAUGAUUCCACAGGAGUUCACUCCCUGUGCUAGUAAUAAGUGGUGUGUGGCUGGAAAAUGUGUGGAUAAAAUUACGAGCAGGCCUACUACACCUCAAGAUGAUUGCGUCCAGUUUCUGAGAGUAGAUAUUAUAAAAUAUAGGGCCUGCUUGUUACUAAAACAGACAACCACAGCAACUACCCAGCCAACAACUACAACAACCACCAGACCAACAACUGCAACAACAACUACGACAACCACGCGGCCAACAACUACAUCAACAACAAGGUCAACUACGACGACAGCAACCACCAGGACCACUACACCUCUCAAUUGCGUGCCAUUGCUCAGAGUUAGCAUGAUUCGGUAUAUGGCGUGCAGAUUAUUAAUGUCAGCGAAUAAAAAUGUAGCAUAAAGCGAC